GGUUAACAAGAAGAGUUAAAACGAAUAUUCGUGCUUUCAUUGGAACCUCAGUACGUGAACGUUCGCCGACAACGUUAGUUCGUUCGUUCAUUCGUUCGUUCGUUUGUUGAUUAGCUUCGUCAAUAUCUAUAUUGUUUAAUCGCAAAUAAAUAACUUCGAUGGCACUAAUUAAAAUCAAAGAAUGAAUAAUAUCAUCUAAGUUGAAAAUAAAAAGUGUAAACAAGAAGUGGAAAAAUCAUUGUCAUUUACAAUGUUUAAAUCUCUUCUAUACGUUAUACUUAUCCAACUACUGACAACAAUUUAUCCCUGUCAAAGUAACAACACCGCUAAUAGGGGAUAUGUAUUUACUGCACCGAAAAUAUUCUUAGCCGGGGAGAUAGAAAGCGGAUGUUUGUCUUUGCACAAUUUAGAACCACCGGCAAAAAUAAUUCUCGAACUAUUGUCCCCAACGUCCGCUUCAGAAGAAGAGAUAUUAGCGAGCACUGAUACCAUCAUAACGUCUGGCGUGGAAACAUGUUUGGAGUUAAUGGUACCAUCAACCAAAUACUCAACUGCUAGACUUAAAUUGAGAAUGAAAUUUGACAAGCAUCCUGAUUAUUCUGUUACUGCCGAUAAAGAAGUUUACAUUGAACACGAUUCUAUAAUAACGUUCCUUGAAACUGAUAAGCCUGUUUAUAAACCAGGACAAGAUGUGAACAUUAGAAUUUUAAUGCUUAAACACGAUUUAAAACCUUGGAAGAAAAGAAUUCCAAAAAUAUGGAUCGAAAAUCCGUCAGAGAUAAGAGUAGCGCAAUGGACAAACAUGACUACGGAAAAUGGGAUGCUUCAAUUGAAAUUUUCUUUAACACCCGAAGCAAGUCCGGGUAAAUGGACGAUAAAAGUUGAAAAAAAGAAAUCGCAACCACAAUUAUUUCAUACGACGGUAUUCGAAGUUAAGAAAUACGUUUUGCCAAGAUUCCAAGUAAAGAUAAAAUCACCAAGAUAUGUACUUGCUGAUGCAGAAAACGUUACGUGGAAUAUUUGUGCAAAGUACAGCUAUGGGAAACCAGUAAAAGGUACCUUAUUCUUGAAAUUGACUCCACAAGUUCCAAGCUGGAGACGAAAGUUAAAUUUACCUGAAAUACAUUAUGAAACUGAACUCGAGUCACCGGAUGGUUGUACCGAAUUUGCACUUUCCAGUGGGGUUCUUGGAUUGGCUAAUUGGAAAGUAGCACCAAAUAAUAUCGUUUUGAUAGCAAACUUCACAGAAGCUGGUACCGGUAUUUCAGAAAACACUAUAAGUCGAACGGUAGUCGUACACCAAGUGCUUAAAUUAGAAUUUGCACCGUACUCGCCGAAAUAUUUCAAAUUGGGUCUACCAUAUCACGGAAAGUUACGUGUACUUCGUCAAGACAAUACUCCUGCUGGAUAUGAAAAAAUUCAGCUUUGUUUGAGAAUCCGUGGAAAAGAUGAAUGGCUUCGAUCAGCAGUGGAAUGUCGUCAUUUUAUAUCCAUGCCAGACGGUUUUGUUGAUUUUGUGGUUCCACCACCACAGAAGCAUAUCGUUUUAAUGAGUUUCGUGGCAACCGCUGUUGAUUAUCCUACAAAAUAUUAUUCCCCGGACAAACGUUGGAGGAUUUUUAUGGAUCAACCUUCAGCAUACAAUGAUGUAUUUCCUUGGUAUUCACCAUCCAAUAGUUAUUUGGCUGUUGCUGCAGGAUAUCAGCCAAUCGUUUGCGGUGAAAAAUAUUCAUUCAAUGUUAUGUACACGGUACCAGUUACUAAUAACAAUAAUUAUAAUAACAAUAAUGAAUCAAUUUCAUUCCAUUAUUCUAUUAAUUCAAAAGGAGAUCUUCUAAUAUAUGGUCAUGUCAAACACAGACCAACAAACGAAACACUUGUAAAAUAUUCAGAAUUCCGCAACUUAUUAGGGCCUGUAUCAACUAUUAAUAGAACUAGCCACAACACUAUAGAACACCGGUUUCCUCUGAGCGUGAAAAUUACGCCAAGUAUGGCACCAGUUUCCGAAUUACUUUUAUAUUACGUCAGACCAGAUGGUGAAACUGUAGCCGCGAGUUAUACCAUAGAAGUUGGCCAUUGUUUCGAAAAUAAAGUUAAAACGGCAUGGCACACAGAUGCCCAAAGUCCUGGCACAAUUACACAGUAUCACAUAGAAGCUGCCCCAUGGUCUCUUUGUGGAAUUUCUGCUGUCGAUAAAUCAACCAUCUUUUUAGCUGGAUCCAAAUCAAAUUUGAUAGAUCCCAAUCAAACUUUCAAUCAACUUAAAAGAUUCCAUCCCGAUCCAGAAAAUAGACCUAUGUGGUACUGGGCUAAUUGCAAAGUACAGACAGAACAAGGCACCACAGAAGUUGCUCAUUUACCUUUUCCUGCAAUUGAAGUACCAUUUUGGAAUUUGAGAAGAAGUAGAAGACAUUCCAUUGAUACCGUUGCAUCGGAUGAUGUUAGUUACGUAGAUGCAUCACAGGCCUUCAAUGAUUUCGGUGCAAUAGUAAUGAGCGAUUUACACAUAGAAACUAAACCUUGUCCAAAAUUUUACUUCAAUUUAAGACAACCGGAAUUUCAAUUAUACGGUUUCAGUCGUUCUAAUUUCGAAGAACCCGGUUUAGUGAUGAAAAAUGAAAUGAGAACAAUGCCUAUGGCUUAUCCUUUGCUUAAUUUCCCAGCUACAGGGACGGAAAUAGGUGCAGAUUUGGCAUACGUUGAUCAAUCACCUGAUCUCGUUACUACUCUUAGAUCAUAUUUCCCAGAAACAUGGUUAUGGGAAUUAGUGCCAACUGGAAAAGAAGGAAAAUUAACUAUAGAACGGACUCUUCCUCAUACGAUUACCGAUUGGGUUGGACACACAGUUUGCAUUUCACCAGUUCAUGGACUUGGAAUUGCAUCACCGACUACUAUUACCACUUUCCAACCCUUCUUUCUUGAUUACAGUUUACCUUAUAGCGUCAAACGCGGUGAAAUGUUACAUAUGAAAGUUUCACUCUUCAAUUAUAUGCAACAUAGUUUACCAGUUAAAAUUCAAUUGGAAGAUGCAACGGGAUUAGAUCUACAUUUGUCUAAUCCUAUCGCAUCGUUCUGUGUAAAACCAAGAGACAGUGUAGUUCACGAAUAUAUUUUAAGACCUCGAGUUCUCGGAGAUAUUAAUAUCACCGUAUCUGCUGCUAUCGAUGCUAAUUAUCCUGAAUCAUGCGGUCCAGACACUUUGGUAUACACUCGUGAUACCAUCGUAAAGCCAAUUCUUGUAUUACCAGAAGGUUUUCCAAUCGAAAUCACAAAAUCGGCGUUCAUGUGUCCGAAAGAUUUUAGUGACGAUUCGAAUAUCAUUUGGAAUUUGGAUUUACCCAAAGAUUUGAUACCUGACAGUGCGAAGGCUCAUGUAACCUUGAUAGGAGAUAUUUUAGGACCGGUAUUAGAAAAUUUAGACAAACUCGUUAAACUUCCAAAGGGAUGUGGUGAACAAAAUAUGAUUCUUUUCGUUCCAAAUAUUCACGUAAUUAGUUACAUGGAUGUCAAUAGUAUGGACAAUCCAGAACUUCGAAGUAGGGCUAUUAAAAACAUGGAAAAGGGAUACCAACGUGAGCUAAAUUAUAGACACUUAGAUGGUUCUUAUUCGGCAUUUGGUCCUAAAUUUUCAGAAAGUGGAAGUUCAAUAUGGUUGACUGCUUUCAUAGUUAAAUCUUUUGCCCAAGCUCGCAAUUUGAUUUAUAUCGAUGAACGUGAUUUAAAGAUAUCUGUAAAAUGGAUCAUGAGCAAACAAUUAGAAAAUGGAUGUUUCCCUGUAAUAGGAACUGUUUUUCACAAACAAAUGAAGGGAGGUUUGCAAGAAGAUGAUAGUUCGGCAGCAUUGACAGCUUACAUUCUCAUAUCACUACUGGAAUCUGGUGUUCUUUUGACAGCUUCACUCAUUAAUAAUGCUCUCUAUUGUCUAGAAGCUCUGACCGACGUUUACGACAGUCCUUACACAGCUGCUUUGUCAACGUAUGCAUUAGCAUUACUAGAACAUCCCAAAGCGAAUGAAAGUAUGGCGUCAUUGAUGAAUCGUGCUACUCGUAACAAUGAUUUACUUUGGUGGGAAGACAAAACUAAACCGUCAGUGGGAUUGAGUAUCGAAAUGACAGCUUAUGCUGUACUUUCUCUCGUUAAAUUAGGCGGAGAAAAAAAUAUGGUAGAUGCUUUGAAAGCAGUUCGAUGGAUGUGCAAACAACGAAACGCUGAAGGAGGUUUUACGUCUACUCAGGAUACUAUUCUUGGCUUGGAAGCACUAACAAAAUAUGCUUCAGCUAUGUUUACCAAUUCUACAGAUUUAUCGGUUCUCGUUACAGCGAGUGAUGUUAAUAAUGUUUACAGAAUGAAUAAUGACAAUCGAGUUGUUCUCAUUCGUAUUCAAUUACCUACAUUACCGACAAUAAUAGAAAUAUUUGCCGAAGGUGAAGGAUGUGUUUUGGUGCAGAACAAUUUGGUAUACAAUGUACCUAAAGUGACAGGUUCUGAAGCAUUUGAUCUUUCGGUAUCUGCUACUUCGGCUAUUUUUGUGGACGAAUGUUCGAUGCAAAGAAUUACGGUUUGUGCUCGAUAUAAAAUGGCAGAUGAAGAAAGCAAUAUGGCAUUACUUGAAAUAGGAAUGAUCAGCGGAUACGUUCCAGAUCGAUCGAGCUUGCAUUCGUUGUUAGAGGUUCCAAGUACAAAGGUGAAACGUUUUGAGGAUGACCACAAUAUUGUCACUAUAUAUUUCGAUAAAUUAAUUGGACAAAAAACAUGUAUAUCAUUUAAUGUUAUGAGGGAGAAUAUUGUCGACAAACUCGAGCCUGCGAAUGUUAAACUGUACGAUUAUUAUCAACAAGAAUUAAUGGUAUCAAGUAGUUAUAAUUUUGCACAAAUGUGCAGUAGCGCUGAUAUAAACGAAGAAACUGAGAUACCUGAUCCAAUGCCGGUUGCAACAGAGGCUACUAUAGCAUUUCUAGAACAUAACAAACAUACUAACGUGGAACACAAUAAGACUUUGGAAAAAUCAUCGAAAAGUUUUGGAAAAGAAAGUGGAAAUAUGAAAAACAAGGUAACCAAUCGUAAUAAAAUGGAAUUGAAAAAUUUAUUAUCGGUAAAGGCGGUAGAUUCGAAUGAAAAGGAACAUGAUACAGUAAACUUCAAAAAACAUAAUGAAAAGAAUAAAACUGAUGAUGGGAAAAUUGUCAAAGUUAAAUCAAAUACACUGAUGAUUGAAAAUGUUGAUGCAAAAACAACUAAAACAGAUCCGAUAAUAAAAAAUCAAAAUUUAAGUAACAAAUCCACCGACACUUCAAUCACUUCACAGGUGGAUACCGGAAGUGGUCAAAUACCAGAUGAUUCAGAAAUGAACUCAACUCCUAUCGUCGAUGAAGGUUUUGACAAUCCAUCCUUUGUUUCCAUUGAUCAUGAGUUAGACACACCGGAAGGAAUCGAAGGUCCAGUGCUUGUUUAUGUGAGACCAAGUAUAACUAAUCUUCAAGAAAAUACAUCGUUCGAUGAAAUCGAUAAUAAAACAAACGACAAGAUUGAUAUUAUCGAAUCUACAACAGCUAUACAAAAGGAUCGAAAAAUGGAUGACCAAUUAAAUUCUUCAGAUUCAAUCAAUGCAAACCAAUCUUGCCCUGUAUGCAGCAAAGAAUUACCUGAUAAUUUGAAUGACAUCUUUUGUUCGGCAAGUACCGCCAUAAAAGUAGCAAUUAGACGUCUAAGAAAAGUAAGAUUAUUAUUGGAUAUUACUGCAAAAACUGAUAUUAAACGACUUCGUUCUACCAUCGAACUUAUCUUAAAUCCAAUGUGUUCUUGUCCACCAUUGGAUAAUGCUGGAAAUUUUGGAUUAUUGUUAUCUUCUAACAGCAAUGAAUUUGUAACAGUAAAUGACCAAGGAAAACUAAUUUUAAAUAAUUCUAUGUCUCUCUAUGAUUUACCGAUCACCAAUAAUAUACCUUCAAUGUUAACACAAGCUAGAUUGUCUUGCCCUAAAAAAGAGAAAAAUGAACAUGACUAUGAUAGACCAGUCGGUGAUUGAUAUGCGUAAAGUACAGAAAAAUAUCGCACAAUGUAUAAAUAACAAUCGAAAAUUGCGACCUAUUUUCAUUUCAAUAUUUCAGUCACAAUCAGAGAGAAAUUCAUAUUGAAUUAAUACACGAGAUUAUAAACUUCGUAGAUAAUGUACAAAACACAUUUAAUGAUAAAUUAGAUAUUAAUUAACAAAAAACAAUUUUUUAAUCAUACGAGUAAAAAAUAUGCACAGGGUAUUAUAAGUAGUAUCGCAUAAUAUGUAUACGUUACUCUUAAUUCCAACAUUUUCUA